AUGACCUUGGAAGGUGAAAACGAAAAGGCCAAAAGUGCGGCUACCCAAGAAUGCCCCUCAACAGAGGAAAGUAACGCGGCUCUUGGAAACGAUGACCCAAGCACUCCGAGGACGGACUAUCCCAGUGGCCUCCGCCUCACGUCUCUUAUCGUCGGGCUCUGUCUCGCUGUACUUCUAGUCGCUCUCGACAACACAAUCAUUGCGACUGCGAUACCUCGAAUUUCCGAUGACUUCAAGUCUCUCAACGACAUAGGAUGGUACGGUUCGUCCUACCUCCUAACAACAUGCGCUUUCCAACUCUUUUUCGGGAAACUAUACACUUUGUUCGACAUAAAGUGGGUUUUCAUUAUGGCAAUGGCCAUUUUUGAGGUUGGCUCCGCCAUUUGCGGAGCUGCGCCGACGUCUGAGGCGCUUAUCGUUGGACGUGCCAUCGCGGGAUUUGGAUCUGCUGGCAUAUUCCAAGGGGCCUUCAUCAUUAUCGCUUAUUCUGUUCCACUGGACAAAAGGCCCAUGUGUGCUGUCGCCAUGGUUACCGCUAUAUUUGCUGUUCGUAUCCCCAAGCAAAAGAACCCUUGUAAAGGAACCUCCUGGAUAUUUUAUUUGAACGAGCUGGAUCCCAUUGGCACUGUUUGUUUUCUUCCCGGUGUGGUAUGUCUAUUGCUUGCUCUGCAAUGGGGAGGAACGCAGUAUUCCUGGAGUUCUGGCAAGGUCAUAGGUCCACUUGUCCUUGGCGUUGUCCUCCUCGCUGCCUUUUUUGUUGUCCAGGUGUGGAAGGCAGACAAGGCUACAAUACCGCCUCGAAUAUUUCGCCAAAGGACUGUUGUGUCUGCGUGUAUCUUCACUCUCCUGCUGAACGCUGCAUAUUUCGCCAUCGUUUUUUACAUACCUAUUUGGUUCCAGGCUAUCAAGGGCGUUUCUGCUGUUAAGUCAGGAAUCAUGUGUCUCCCCAUGAUUCUCUCAGUGGUCAUUUUCUCGCUUGUGGCAGGGGGAGGAGUCACCGUUAUCGGGCAUUAUGUACCCUUCGCUUACGCAAGCUGUAUCUUGACCACUAUUGGAGCAGGUCUCAUCACAACCUUCGACACGGACACCGGCCAUCCGAAAUGGAUUGGAUAUCAAUUUUUGUUUGGGGCAGGAGUUGGUUGCGGUAUCCAACUGGGCAUCAUCGCGUCCCAGGUCAUUUUAGAGGAAGCUGAUAUUGCUAUUGGAACUGCCAUUAUCACAUUCUGCCAGAUGCUGGGAGGUGCAAUAUCUGUAUCAGCUGCUCAAAGUAUCUUUGGCAAUCUCCUUUGGAAUAAGGUUUCACAAACGGUAGGAGGAAGUUCAAAUAUCAUAACGCAUGUUGGGGCGACCGAUUUGAAGGACGCCAUUGAUCCUCGGUUCUAUGACAGAGUUCUGGGGGCAUAUAACAAUGCACUCACAGAAACGUGGUAUGUCUCGGUAGCCCUUGCUGCACUAUCGACUGUUGGAGUUAUUGGUAUGGAAUGGAAGAGUGUUAAGAAGUCUGCCGCAGCUAUGUAG